GGGGCAGAGUCAAGUUGGAUCUAAGCUGGUGUAGCCGAAGAAGAUGGCGGAGAGACCGGAGGAUCUCAAUUUACCCACCGCCGUUAUCACGCGGAUCAUUAAAGAAGCCCUUCCAGAUGGUGUGAACGUGUCCAAGGAGGCUCGCAGUUCCAUCUCGCGGGCAGCCAGCGUCUUUGUGUUGUAUGCCACGUCCUGCGCCAAUAAUUUUGCAAUGAAGGGGAAGAGGAAGACGCUGAAUGUCACAGACGUGCUGUCCGCCAUGGAGGAGAUGGAGUUCCAGCGCUUCCUUGAUCCGUUAAAAGAGGCGCUAGAAGCAUACAGACGGGAACAGAAAGGAAAGAAAGAAGCCACAGGCUCGAAAAAGAAAGAUGGUAAAGACAAGAAGGCGGACGGAGACGACCCAGAGAGAAGCCGGGAAGAGGAGGCUGAGGAGGAGAAGAUGGAGGAGGAUGAGGUUGAGGUUGUAGAAGAGGAGGAGGUGGAGAACUGAGAUGGACGGCGCCUACAUGCAGCAGGACUUUGGGGCCCUUUGCGGUGACUGUGUUGGUGCUGGCACUGUGUCCGGUGAAGCCCCUCACCCGUCAGACCCAUUGCUCUUGUGGUUUCCUCUGUGGUCUGGUUGAAGUCACAAGUGAGAGGAGGGUGAGAGUAGUAGUGCGAGAUGCCGGUGCACACGGCUGAGGCCUGUACAGGAGAUUGUGUAUGUAAUAAACAUGGAGUAGAUGUCUGUUUUCUA